AUGGCGGUUCCGCUCUCUGACUUGACGGCCGGUCUCCCUGGAUGCGCCGGGCCAUGCACAUCACAAGCACUCAAAUUUGCUACAUGUACCGCGACCAAUCUGACCUCGGGGUGUCUGUGCAGGGACAGCAGCUUCGUCGAGACAUAUCGACUAUGCGUGCGAGCAUCGUGCGAUAUGGCACAUGUGCUGGUUGCCAAGAACAUCACUUGGACAUGGUGCGAUUUCCAGUAUCAGAACCAGGCGGGGUCUAUGCCUGGAAAGAUUGCUCUACUCAUCAUAACGGCCUUAUUUUUCUUCGUCCGUCAGCUCGCCAAAGUACUGAAGCUAUCGACCUGGGGUGCAGACGAUGUAACGCUGAUACCCGGUUAUAUUUGCUCACUUGCAUUUGCGAUCUACAUGUUUUAUGGUAAUUAUGCCCGAUGUAGAGUAAAAAGCUCACUCAAACCCGCUCACACUUUUGAAGGAUAUCGUUUAGGUAUCGGACGAGACGUUUGGUCGUUAUCCCAUGAUAAAGUCGAUCUGUUCAUGCAAUUCUUCUAUGCGUUUGAAAUACUCUACAAUCUAAGCAUCGCCACUCUUAAAGCCUCGAUACUCUUUUUCUAUCUCCGCGUUUUCAACCUCGUAAGCCCGACUUUCACCAGAGUGCUCUGGUGCACCCAGGUCUCAAAUCUCGUCAACUGCGUCGUCUUCACGACAGUCAAACUGAACCAGUGCAAGCCUUUUAGCUAUUCCUGGGAGGGUUGGGAUGGAAGGCACGAAGGGCGCUGUGUCAACCUGAACGCUUUACUGAUUUCACACGCCGCUAUCAAUGUCGCCAUGAACGUGUGGUUGCUGGUGUUGCCAGUGACGCAGACUUUAUGGCUGAACUGGAGAGCAAGACAAAAGAUAGAGGUCAUGUCUAUGUUUGGACUUGGAGUUUUUAUCACGGUUGUCAGCGCCAUGCGCCUCAAGAUCUUGUUCAAGCUCCGAAAUUUCUUGAAUCCUACGUACGAUGUAUUUUACCUACACAUGUGGUCCUACAUUGAACUCUCAGUUGCCGUCAUCGUAGCCUGUUUGCCGUCCACUCGUCUGGUAUGGCGUGAGUUGGUUCCGAAACUGAAGAGAAAAGUUGGACUUGGACCUCAGUACACGCAUCGCAGCCAGGAAAGUCAGCAUAAACGCUUGAGACCAUAG